AUGUCGGCGAAAGUCGAUCACUCAACUCUGUCAAUUCAAAAUCCUUGUAGUUCUCAUUAUCUGAAUCGGCCAUCGACUGCCACCACAUUCGACGCAUUUUCACCUGUUACCCAAAAAUUAAUUCGUAGUCGAUCGUACAAUCCAAAAUCAGCUUCUCUACAUGUUCGGCCACAUACUGCCGCAGCAACAAAUUAUCUAACAAGUUAUCAAAGAGAUUUCUGUCCUAAACAGUGUCAAGAUGAAAAUUUAGUCGACGUUCCCCAAGGUCAACAAUAUCCAAUUGGUUGUCCUUAUCAACUGGAUGGUCCAAUUGGUAUCGGCCACUAUCAAGAACAAUUUACCAACAAAGGGUACUGUCGAUCUCAGCCAAUUCGUACUGCUACUGCAAGUGGCACGAGAGCAAAUAAUCCUCAUCCAUCACAAGAGUUUAUGGUUUGGAAAUAUCCUGGGGCGAACAAGGCCAAUCCAUAUAACCAAGAUGAGUUUAAUCAUGAACAACAAGAACAAAUAAAGCAAGCACUUAAGAAUCAGUUAACAUCCACCUAUCGAUCGGAUUAUUUAGGUAUCCCUCAAGGUUUUCAAAUGAAUUUGGCCUUUUCAAAAUCUCGUCCAUUUUGGCGUACUCGUGCAUGUUAUUCUUAUGACAGUGAACAACGUGAUCAAUAUCGAGCUGAACAUCAACUUCGAAAUUUAUCGAACAACACGUCAAGAUAUGGUUGCAAUCCUCAACAUAGAAUAGCGGCUGAUGCUAUUGCUCCACAAACUAAUCCUUUAUGGAAACAAAUUCAAACAAAGACUAGUUACGAUCAGGAAUACAAUGAAAAAGCGCCAUCUGAUUUGUACAUGCGAGACUUUGUCGAUCAUCUGACAGGUCCAUUGGAUAGAGAAAGGGAAAAUAUCGAGCAAUCGUACGAUCGUGGUGAGGGAAUGAAUAAUAUCAACACUAUCAUGCAAGCAGUCGAAGUGGCUGAACAAUAUCCGAGUGAGCCUAUCGUUCACGUUCAGAUAGAACCAGCAAUACCACUGAAAGAAGAAACAGUUAAGCAUCGACCACCGUCUGCCUAUAGAUUUAGAGUUGAGAAAAAGGUGCUCAAUGAUAGACCGUCAUCACAGGAACAGCAACUAGAAAAAGAGUACCAUCAGCACCAUGCAGCUUUGAUAAAAUCAAAAAAUGGUGAAUUGACCCAACAGCCACUACAAGCGGAUCGACCACAACUUACACCCGGUUUGUUAAGUCUGAAACGCGUUCGAUCGUUACAAAAUGUACGGCCUCGUUCACGUUACUGUGAUCCAAAUAAGUCUCAUAUAUUAUCUUACUUGCAACAAAAUCCAACAGAUACACCGUCAGCUGAAGGAUUUUUCACUCGAUUCAUGACUAACGUCCGACCAAGUGAUAAACAUGCAAAUAUUACUCUGCAGAAAACAAGUCCAAACUUAAAAGAUCGAGAUUAUAUGAAACAUUCAAUGAACAUGAUUAAAGUUUGA